ACGCGAUGGAAAGAAAAAGAAUAACAAAACAUGUCGCUGGUUUACCGAAUAUUUCGAAGACGUCUGUGGAAAAGAUAGUGAUAUUCACUUAGCUGAAUUUAGAUCGGCACUUGAUGAUGAAACGGUAAGUAACGUUUACAUGAACUUUGCGUGUAGUGAUGAUUUUAGUUAUUUCAUAUAUUAUUCAGUCAGUUGAUUUUUGUUGAUCGAGAGGAAGAUGCAAGUGGCAGCAGACGCAUGGUUAGAUACCCAAAUAGCAGACGAAGAAGGUGGCGGAUAAUAGCAAAAAUCACAAAAAUGCUUUCAAAAUUUCCAUCUAACGUGCACCCAAAUCUGUCGGUAAAUUUGCGUGCUGAAGUGCGAUAAAUGCAUACAAAUUUCUAGGUAAAAUGUCGCAAAGCAAAAUAAAGAAUAUAUCUUGUAAUUUAAAAAGCGAACCAACAGUGCGAAAAAUAAUUGUUUUUUGAGCAACAUUUUGCAUAUACAAUUCUCAAAUUCAUUAAUAAUUCAUGAGUAAUUCAGCCAAUGAUAAUUACCUAUUUGAUCACAAGAUACCAUUUGGAUACUUGAUGAAAGUCACUAGUGUUUUCAUUAAAUAUCUUAAUUACGGAUGCAAAAUUACUUGAAUAGAAUUCCUAAUUACGUUAUGCUUGGUUAAUAAUUCUAUUCAAAUCAGCAAACGAAAACAUUCUGUUACGUCUCGAUUCAUUUGAGAAGCCAUAUAAACAAAGAGAGCUCGUGUCUCACCGGGAUAGCCAAACAGUAUUAUUCAUACAUUGUUUUCUCAUGUUUGGUCAGUUUGGAUAUCCCGGUGAAACACUCGCUCUCGUUGUUCAUAUAUUACAUGAUGAUUGAACAGUAUGCAUAUCUUAUUUCUUCCAAACUCAGCUACAUGGAUAUUUCAACUGCAAUUUUAUCUCCAAGCACAACGCAUCAUUUGGAUGCGUAUGUGGAAACUCCAAAUUAUCUACUAGGGAGGUUUAGAUUUUAGAACGAGUACGAGUUCAAAUUUCGAGAAGUGGACCAGGGCCAACUUGAGCUCGUACGCCUGGGGUCGGUUGUGCAAAAGUGGAUUAGCGCUACCCCUGAGUUAAAAUUUAACUUGCUGUUUUAGUUUGUGUAUUUCUACACGUCUGUUUAUUUCAAAUCUUCAGAGAAGUAAACUCAUACUGAUUCAAACAAGAUCUCUGAAGAAAUAUUUUCAAAUUUAUAGACAAGCUGUGAGGAAGUUUGCUUUGAAUUUUAGGUUAACCUAGGGUUAAACCAGCUUUGAACAACCGGCCCCUGUAUUCUAAGAGUACACUCACACUCAAAGAGUGGCACCUGAUUAACUCAGCACUCAAUGAGUCUGCAACGACUCUCAAUGAGUGGGAAACGACACUCGCCCUCGGACCAUUCACAAACGGCACUCACCAUCGAAAUAAGUUGAAAUGGAGUUUCAGUGUAGGGUAUACCUCCCUUGAACCAUACACGCGUGAAGUAGUGACGAACAACAUGGCGAAUGUAUGGCUUAACAGAUUACAACAUUUGAACAAUAUUCCACCCAAUAAUAAUAUAGAAACCGAAAUAGAAUUUAGGAGCAAUGUCGAAUCAGAUUUAGAUUCCUGCGGACAUAAAGCUUUUGUUGACAUUACGUUAUUAUGCAACUGGUACGUUUCUCAACCGUCUCCAAGUCGAAUUAUUAAACGAGUAUCUGAAGCAAUUGCUCUCUUAAAAAUAAUUAUAUUCAAUCUCCGCGGCUGAUUUGCUACCACAAAUUAAACUUGACUUCUGAAGAAUAUCUGCAUUUCUGAACGUUAUUGGGAAGAUUGAGUGUACGCAUAUAAAAAUUUCAUGCCAUGCAGGAGUUUAAAACGCACAACUUUUUAGGAAUCGAAAGGGUUUUUUUUUCAAUCAAUGUUCAAGCAGUUUGAGGACCAAAUCUAGAAUAUCAAAACAUUAUUGUUCGAUGGUCUGGAAGCGUUCAUAGAAUAUUUGAAAACAGUCGUACGUGGCCAUUCUUGUCGACCAUACUUGAUGACGCCACUGGUGGACCCGCAGACAACCCCGCAACGUAGAUAUAUAAUGCAUCCCACAUUCGAACAAGAAAUAUAGUGAAGAAGAUGUUUGGGGUUUGGAAGAGGUUGUUUCCUUGUCUUUCAAUCUAUUAGAACAAAACUUUCAACUACCCUUCCAAUUAUUGUGGCAACUAAUAAUCCCAUCCAGGAGGAACCCCUGGAAGAUGCUGAUGAGAAUUCUGCGCCUGCUAUAAACAACCUUUGGGAAACGCGACAUGUCGUGCUCUGAUAAUACAACACUUCACAUGAAUUUUGCAUUAUAUACUUGUUUUAUUUAUACGUAAACGUUUAGUACUGUACAUAUCAUUAUAAUUGUAUACAUAAGACCUCAUAAAGUAUUCGAUAUGAUAUUUAUGUUAAUAAUUAUUUGUAUCAAAGAUUAGGAUUGCCAUGUUUCAUUGCUUUAACCCCUCUAAAAGGCGAUUGAUUUAUUUCCUUUGUCGUGUAAUACGCUUCGGAGGCUCUUCAUGUGUAUUAAGUCUGCAUUGUUUUGUAGAACUCCAGUAUUCAAACUCCGCAUCAAGGAUCUCCAUCUUCCUCUUAUGUUCAUCCAGAAGAUUGUUUUCCAAUCUCUAGCAACAACUUCCAUACUAAUCAUUUUGUCAUGAUAUAGUACAGUACAUUGCACAGUAUAUUCGUAAUUAUCAUCGUCAAAAGCAUUGUCAAGGCUAGUCAUUUGAUCUGGAAUUAUUGAAACAACGGCUUCUGCUCCUUCGUCUCUUUCCGAUGAGGUCGUACCACCACCAGUCAGUUUGACUUCUCUCUUUUGUUUGACGAUAGAUUUCUUAGCUUGAGACUUGAUAUUUUCCCUGCAUUUUUUUAUUUUUUUAUAAACACCCGCAUGAGAAUUAAACUCUUCUGUUAACGUUUCCCAAGCGCUAUUUUUUUUUGUUUAAUCAUUUUGUAAUCAUUCCUUUUGCUCUCAAGGAUAUCCUUGUGCUUAGCAACUAAUUCUCUGAUGAUUGACUUCUCCAACUGUGAAAAAUACCGCCUGGGUUGGGACAUUUUGUACGUCUGUACUUUAUGUGUAAUUGUCGAAAAUACGUCUUUCCUCCGUACUCAUUAAUAACAAAAGCGAGUGCAACUCGAGUAAGUGACAGUUGAGUGCGCUUGGUGAAUACAAAUCAACCACCAUUUUUCGAGUGUGAGUGUUCGCUCAAUGAGUACAACAAUGCUCUCUCCCUCCACUCAAACAUACACUUCAACUUCACACUGCUUCUCACUGGAACGCCACUCAAGUGUGAGUAUGAGUGCGCUUUUAGAAUACAGGCGACACUCUCAGCUGAGCUUUGACCUUUAGGUGUCAGCCAAUGAAACGAGUACAAAGUACAAACAAAAUGGCGGAUGUAGAUGCACGUGAUGGUGCCUCAGUAAUUUUGAAUUUAGAAGACCUAAUAGAAAAAGAUUUAUUUUAUUUGUUUGUGAGGAAUGUGAAGAAAGAACGCUCGUAUUGGCUUAUUGGAAAAACGAUCGAUUUUCUCUUGAAUUAUGCAUGCUUGAGGACAAAUGUUUAUCGGAAUUUCGAGUUCCGAAGACGGACAUACCACCACACAUGCGAGUUCUCCAAAUUCUAUAUGAUAUGAUAUGUUAUGUAAAAAUGGCACUAAAGCGAGUUCACUGGGAUGAUUUUGUAUAAUAAUAGUAAUAGUAGCAAACGGUUUGCAUAUCCUUGUCGGUAUAGUGAUCUCAUACCAAGAUUCGACAGGUCAAAUACUGAACUUUGUCUCAUUUGCAACAAAGUAAGGAGAUUUAAAAUUAUGUUACAUUAAAUUUGAUAGGUUACCCAACAGUUUCAUAUGCAAAUAGUUGUUGUUUAAAAUUUUCCAUUUGACAUAUCGCCAUUCAGAAAAAACAGGUAUCCGAAAUUACAACGCCCUUAUGAGGGAUGAAGAACUCUCUAUCAGUAACCGUUGUAGGUGCCUCUCCCACAAUACCUUCUUUGUUUUGUGCUCGAAUAACCGCGUCAUAUUCUUUGAUGUGCCCAUCUCGUUGCAAAUUCCUUGUUAGACGGAUGGGGAUGAUUGCUCCGCCAGGGUAAUCCUGUCUCGUACCAUUCUUCAGCUGAUCGUUGUAAUUGUUUCUUAAUUGAACUAUGCGUGCUCUAUGUCCUGCUCGUGUUUUGUGGAAUCUCAGAAGCCCAAUACAUCAAGACGGCACAGUUCCUCAUAAUUUAUAUGAUUGGUCUGGAUAUGAAACAUAGUUUGCCUGUUGAUUUCAAUUCCGGGCGACAUGAUGAACCAUUCCAGUUUGGUGUACUCAGCAACAGGUUCUCCAGCUUCUUUUAACAGUGGUGGUUGGUUAACCUUAAUUCUCCCAUAGUCACCCACGCUUAGAAUAACAUUGGUCGUCAAUAAUUGUUGGUUGACUUGUGAUAGGUGGGGGUACUUAGCUUUAACGUGCUCGUAUUGUGGAUUGUCUAUUGACAACAAUUCGUUCUUGUCAACCUUUGUGAGCUUUGCAUUCACUUUGAAGGAAUUGUCAAAGGAGUGAACAACAACAGCAUACGUUUCUAUUCUCGUUAAGUGAGAGCCCAUCAACAUCUCGACACGUUUGGUUGAAACUUUUUAUGGUUUGUUGUUCAGCAGAUCUCCGACUUUAGCUGAGACAUAAAAGCUGCCGGCUCCUGUAUCGGCAGUGCUCUCGUUAUGAUACCGUCCACUUUAAGCAGGACCACUGGGAAAACUCCUUCCCCACUCUACUUGGUGUUAAUACCACUUUUUUAUUUCUUCAGGCUGUGUUUUGACACAUAUUGAGGUAUGAUGUCUGCUAUGACAAGUUUGGCAUGAUGUUUUGCUUUGACAUUGUUUCCGAACCAUUGAUGAGUUUCAAAAGCACAGUUGAAACACACAAUUACCGUAUACCUGGUAACUUGUCAAUGGUCACCAUAGUAAACCCAUUCACUUCAUCCAGCUUCUUGAGUGACUGCAGAGACUGGACACAAUGUGUCAAUUUGUCACUAAACUCGGCAAUUUUCUUCGAAUUCGCUGUCGAAAUGUAUGGUAAGCUCAAAAAAAUCUUUCGCGUAAGACUUCAUUAAGUCUGAUUCUUUUGCAUAUCUUCCCUCCAAUAUAGCCUUUGCUCGAUUGUAGGCUUCUGAUGUAAAUGGUAAGUACUCUACUUCACGUCUGACAUUGUCUACAACUACAAGAAAUCCUCACAGGUAUGAAAAUUUGCAAUGCUUGCUAACCCAGAUUUUUGAAUCGAUUGGGUGAAUUGACCCCCGAAACUUGACAGGUGCAUGUAAUUUCCGUCCAAUUUUGUUCGCUUCCACUUCCUUGGCAUGAAUUUCCUUCGACGAACUUCCAUUUUCCAACUUCGCUUGACGUUCGGACUCGAGUUUUCAUUUAGUUUCGUGUAAUAUUAUCUCGUAUUUCCAUUUCUCUUCGAAAGAAUUUCUCCCCUUUUCCAGUUUGUAAUCGUCCUGCCAUUUCUCCAAGUGCUUCUUAUAUAACGUCGCCUGCUUUCGCUAACUCAGUCUCUACUUGAGAAUUCCACGUAGCGACUUCAUCCUACUUGUUCACUUUUUCCUCGUUUUCAACGCUUUUACGCCUCGUCACGAUGUUUCUACCUCGUUUGUUAACCUUUUAUAGCUUCCAUUUGUCAUUUCUCUUAAAAAUGGAAGCUAAUUGGCGUAAUUUUUUUUGAAGAAUCGUCUAUGCAUGUCUAUAAACAUUUUAGCACCUGAAACCAGCCAUAUAAUUGCACUAAAAAUCAGGGACUAUAUAAUUUCUUCUCUAUUACUGGCCCAUCGUUAUUUACGGUGGAUCGUAUUGACAGUGGGCCUGGCUUGUCAGGUUUGAGUUGCCCGUAGCCGGAGGGUACGAUUGAGCCAGCGUCUUGGUAUAUUAUGGUUGAUAGUUGCUGAUCAUGAUUGUAUUUAUUGGUUGUAUUUAUAUGGUCCAGACCUCCUGUAUCCCUAUCUACUUCUCUACUACACAUUACACCCUACCACGAAAGUUGCCAUUUUCAGACCAGUGUGAACGCCUGAGCAGGCGUCUUGUUUUGUUUAAAAAUGCUGAAAAAAAUCUAAAAAGUUAGACAAUUCAAAUAACAGUAUUUCUAUAACUUGCUAAACCUAGUCAGUUGCUAUUAUAUCACAAACAUCUGUCAACGUACACUCAUGCUCUUACUUACGUCACUUACCACUUGAGUCUCCCACUCACCACAUCGCUUUAUGAAUUUUUUUGAUAAAAUCCUAUUUUAAAAAAGUCAACCCUAUGCUUGAUAUGCUGAACAUAGACCUGUAAGAUAUCUCCUGCGGCAAUUAGUGGGUGCAAAUACUCGCAUAGUUCAGAAGCAAUAAACCAAUAUGUGUCCAUCCAGUUCCAUAGUCUAGAUCAAUUGCACUUGGGUCCAUUGGAUUCAAUUGCUCUGUCCAUAUUCUUACAUUCACUGGUUUAUCUUGUCCAUGAAGAGCAAGGUAUGCCUGUUCUAAAUGAUGUUGUUAGUUUUUCUCAUGAGCAGCACUGAUGCACUUAAAUGGUACAGCAUGGGUGAUUUCGUCCUCGUCACUUUUAUCCUCAUCACUUAACUGGUCACCACUUUCUGUCCUAUCACCUUCAUUAGACAUUACCAUUUCCAUCCUGAAUAGGUUCAGCCAACCACUCAAGUAGAUCUCUUUCUACAAAAUCAUAACAAGAAAAUAUUUAUUUUAUUAUUUUAUACAUACAGUGUAAUCUCUAGUAAAAUUAGCAAUCUAAUGCAAAAGUGUGUCACUAUUUACAGUAAUAUUAGAACAACACACAAAUAUGGCAAUAUUUUACAGAUGAAAAUUGAAAAAUAUCUAACUACUGUAUGCACAUAUAUAUAUAAAAAUCUAUCCACAACUAGAUACAAACAGGCAUCAUACUUAGAAAAAAUUUAUUAAACAAUUUGUUUAACUCAAGGAAUGUACAUAUGUAUCACAAUGACACAGUACAUAGACACACACACAAUACAUAGGGUUAAACUAGAGGCAAUAAACACAAAUAUUAAUACGCCAUAAUUUUGUACAGUGUAGGCCUAUUUAUGAAAUUACAGUACAACAAUAAAAACAACAAAGCGGAAAUUUGACUAAAUAACAAUAUAAUUGUAGUGCAUUGUAGAAUACCAACCUUAAAUAUUGCGCUUGUUUUCACGUUGGUGAUACACGGAGAUAAAAAUCCAACUUAGAAAGAAGAGCCAGCUCGCUAUUAGGAAUAUAAAGAGGUCGGCUAUUUUGCGAGUCUGCUAGUCAUGCGAGUCGUGCGAGUCGUGCGAGUUUUGCGAGUCUUGUGAAUUUUGAUCAAAUGCAGCUGGUCAUCAUGGAUCUUCGUAAAAGUUGAGUAAAUAAUUUUAUAAACGCACCAUAAUUCAAUUCAUUGCGAAGGUGUGUAUUUCAAACCAUUAAUUAUAAAUUAUUUAAAGAUGCUGUUAAGUCCGUUCUGCGCAUAAAAAAGGGGAACUCACAGAUAUAGACAUUGCUCAAAUUUUGCAUCUUUCGAACUUUUUUGAAUUAAAACGUCUAGUUUAUAUUCCUUUACAAGCAUAGCAAACCAGAAAAGUGUCAGAUAUUCAGUUAGUAUACGAUCAUAGUUUACAAAUAUGCCAGUUCAAAAUGUAAACAAAGCAAUUUGUUUACAUUUGGACUUUACAGCAUCUUUAAAGUUGUGUUGUGCAUUGCAAAAAUUAGCAGAGAUUAUAAUAGUCAAAGUGUAAAUGAGGCAAAUCUUCUGACAAUUUUCUUUCUGCGGCAGACUCUGGUGCACUCUGGUCCGGCGUUUAAAAACACGUCCUAAAACCUGAAACUACGGUAACCACCGGAAUGAGAAAUUAGCUUUAGGCUUCAUUUCCAUAAACUGUGAAAAUAUUUUGUUCAAUUUAAUUAGCACAAGAAAAACCGCCGAUAUAUAGCUUUAUAUUUAGUUAUAAGUGAUACCUGACUGGGUAGUAUAGUGUACCAAUUUAGUUAAAUGUUCUCCAAAAAAUGAAGUGUUUUUAAAAUAACCCGACCUGAUUGUAUUCUUUUCUCGUGCAAAUUAUAGUACAAUUCCUAUUGAAAUCGCAACGUUUUUCUUUAAUUUAAAAACGAAGGCAAUUUUGCAAUGACAGUUGACACAAGACAGUCACAAUAUUAAUUAAAAUGCGUAAGUAUAUGGUAUAGACAUAAUAUAUAUUAUAGAUCUAGUUCUAGUGAGUACUGCAUGUAUUGAGUAUAUAUAGUGUCUAAAUAAUCAGAGGUAAAUAAUAUGAUAUUUAUAAAUUAAUACGAUUAUCAUACGCAUUGACAUUGUUGUAUUUCUAUGUAUUACAAUGCAACUCUCUUCAUUUUUCUCAAUAAUUUCAACUAUAAAUUUCAAACACUAAUAACUUACUGACCCGAGAGUGAGGGCAGUACGGGAAAAUAUCCAACCGAGGUCUUGCUGUAUUGACCGAGCGAUAGCGAGGUCAAUACAGCAAGACCGAGGUUGGAUAUUUUCCCGUACUGCCAGAACGGUUGAGGUCAGUAAGUUUUUAAUUAUAUGGCAUUGUAUGUUUGUAAAAAAUGGGGGAAAAGGUCACGUGAGGGCAAAGUACAAAGUCCGAAACAUUUGCAAAAAAGAACAAUUGUAAAAAAUAUUCUCAAGCUUGGUUAGUAAAACUACUCUACAGCACUUUUUAUAUAGAAUACCGGGUGUCCCAAAAAAAAGUACUCCGGUUUGAUUCGUAAUAACUUCUAAGCAAGCAAACCUUUUAAAGACAAAUAACAUGCAUCAAAUAGAGGAAGGACUAACUUAGAUUUUGAUAUAUUACAGUUGUACUUUACUUAAAAAUUCACGGAGAUAUUAAUGUUCAAAAUCGGGAGCAUAUUUUGGGAUGUGUCUAAAUUUAGCGAAAAUCGGCAUAUCAAAUAUUAACUUCAGCGUUUGUUUGUUUGAUGACAUAUCAGGCUAACUUGUAUUUCAGCGAAUUGUCGUUAGGGUUUGUAAGGGAUAUGGCGUAGAUUUAGACUUCUUACAUGUAAGUCUUAGCUCAAUGUUUCCUCAAAUAUGAACGUACGAAAUUAUGCAAGUAUUUAAUAGGUCUUUACAAACUUUACAAAUUUAUAAGGUACAUGAAAGACCAUGCAAGGCAGGCGCUUAAAUUUUUCUUAGCCUAAUUUUUUAUGUUUUUCAUGGGUUCAAAACAGAGUUGAUUAUUUCUCGGUUAGAGCAGGAUGAAUAUUUUUCUGCAAUGAAGGAAAUAAUAUUGCUUUUUGCAAAUACACAUCACAGUAUCAACGCUACCAUUUUGUUACGUUUUGUUCCAAAAAUUUUGGAUGUCUCUAGGGAGUUGCAUGCUUAAUUGUUAUGUCUUAUGGAGUUGAAUGGUUUGAUUGUGUUUUAUUCUCAGUUUAUUCUGAACUUAAAAAGAUUAAGAAAAGGCAAAUGAGUUUGAGUGUUCUUAACAAGAUUUCAGAACGUUGCAGAAGUUAGAAGAGCUUCACAAUUCCAUUGUGACAGCAUGCCCUAAUUCAGAACUACGAACGACCAUGAUGAUCCUUCGCGAUGCAGUGGUCUCAUGAAAUAAGCAAACGUAUUCGUGCUAGGAACACACACAGAUUUCGGAUGAAUAAAUCUUGCUUGUAUUUUGUAGAUAAUAAUACAGACUUUGUUUCAUAAUAAACAAUUUGUCAAGUGUCAUUUAUUUACUGGUGAUCGUGCAUGUUUCAGUCGGGAAAAUCUUGAUUAAUAUUUGAUACGCCGUUUUUUGCAUAUUUCAGACACAUCCAGAAAUAUGCUCCCGAUUUUAAACAUUAAUAUCUCCGUAAAUUUUUAAGUGAAGUACAACUGUAAUAUAUCAAAAUCUAAGUUAGUCCUUCCUCUAUUUGAUGCAUGUUAUUUCUCUUUAAAAGGUUUGCUUGCUUAGAAGUUAUUACGAAUCAAACCGGAGCCUACUUUUUUUUGGGACACCCGGUACUAUAACAUAGUUUCAUAGUAUUUCAAAGAAAAAUACGAAGUAUUUCGUCAUUUAAUCAAAGACAAAGACAACAAAUAUGGAAACAAUAAAAUUAAUAAACAGUAUGUGGACAAGUAUACGUUUUUAGUUUGCUUCAUCUCAUAAAUAUAUCUCUUUUUAUCGAAAAAACCCAGAAAUUUUCAGGGAAAAAUAUAAAUCUGUGGCUGCUUUAGUUGUAUUUUUUAUUUAGGAUUGUGUCAAAUUCCUCGGCUAUCUGCAAAUAAGAUUUGCAGCUCUUCACAAAGUCAAAACACAGCUAUUCCUGACUUCUUUAAUAGUUAUAAACAUUGUAAAAUUUACCUUGUAAUUUCGACUUUCCCUAACAAAAACAUAUUGAGAAAGUUCUUUAACCAAAGAAGGUGCUCCCUUUCUUUAGUUUAGGUUUAUUUUUCUUCGUUUUGAAUAGUUUUGAAAGACUUUUAGACACUUUUUGCCGUUCGAAACUCGGCUCUUGUCCAGUGCAAUAAAAAUUGCGUAUUGCCCAUGGGCAAUACGGGAAAAUCCUGCCUCAUCCGCAGCCAAUGAAAUUGCGCAAUUCAUCAAAACAAAUGCUUGCCAUAUAAUAAAUGGUUAUAUUUAACAAUUAUUCGCCGAAGGCGAAGUGAUUAUCGGUGAAUAUUCACCGAGACUAAGUCGAGAUGAGGUGAAUAUUCACCGUAAUCACUGAGCCUGAGGCAAAUAAUUGUUUUAGUAUAAUUUUUAAUGAAUAAAACAAAAUAUCCAAAUAUCAGUUGGAUUAAAAUUCAGAAUUCAAAAAUUGUUUUCGGCCUGUUCACAAUAGCAUUGCAUGCAGUGUUUCUUGUGCACGCAAGCUUUCAAAAUGGCUUCUUUUGUGUCUUUAUUGUUUUAUUAUUACAAAGUUGUUUUUUUUCGAUUUCUGCUUUAUAGAAUAUAAACACAAUAACGGAAUGACUUUUUCACCAGGCUUAUAAUUAAAAAAUAGUUCUGUUUAGCAUUAAUUUUUCAGGAAAUGGCUGAGAAAUUUGGUAAAAUGAAAUGUAAAACUAUAUCGUUCGAAAUAAAGUUUUAAUAACACUUUUCACUUUACAAGUUUCGAAAACACAAUACAGCGGUCAGAACACCAUACAACACAAUGAAAGCCUGACAUAUCAAAAGAAAGAGUUCAUACAAAUUGAAAAAUCUAUAGGAUACAAAACAAAAUGGGUUUAGAAGAAUAUCAUGGCAAGGUUUUUCCCAACAAUCGGGAUAGUUUUUGCUAUUUGUUUGAAGUGAAAGUUUCGGAAUUUUAAUUAAAUAAGUUUUAAAUUGUCCGUGAAUAUGUUUGGCACAGUAAAAUAAUAAAGGAAUCCUACCUUUCAAGUUAAAUACAACAUUUUGUGCUUCUUUCGUUUUCUGGGGACGAUUUUUUUCAAUAUUUUGUCACCAAAUGUGCCGAAUCAUUCUUUUUGAAAAGCAUUAUUUACUACUCAGGUGGUAAAUAAUGCCUCAGCUUUAGUAGUCAACUAGCCAAUCAGAACGUGCGAAAGCUCAUUUGAUAUGCAAAAUUUAUACUAAAUUCGAUUACUAAAUGUAUUUUUCGCAUAAAUCUUCGUUCAGUUCCUUAAAGUCCCGGAACGUAGACAUCACUAUCGCAAAAAUCGCAGUAAGUCUAUCUUUGCGACUUUUUCGUAAGAAUCUUAGUUAUCGGUGUGACUCAAGUUUCCAAUAAAUCACAGUUUCUAUUAAAAAUUUCGCGUUUUUAAAAUUGCUGCGACGCUUGCGAUGCGGUUCUUGCGAUAAUUACGAUUUAAUUUUCUACCUUUGGAUGCAUCAGACAUAAACCAAUUGACCAAGCAAGCCUUCGUCUCAAAUUUCAAAUUUUAACUUGCGAACGGGCAUACUCAAUACUCAUUACGCGCUGCAUAGCCUGCCGGGGAGAUAGCCAAUUGCACAUGUAGUCCAUGUACCACUCUUAAUUUACUUUAACUUAGUUUAUGGAGUAAUUAUGUCUGCAGUUGUUUGUCUCGAUCACGAUCUAAGAAUCACAUGAACAGAUGCAUUUUAUUCAACUCCACCGUCCCCAGGGCCUCUCGGCCGCGCACGUCCUCCCCAGGCCCUGGGACACACGGAACCGGAAAUGCAAGAAAACUUGCAGCACUUCCUAAAGCGCAUGCUCUUGAAUUGGGAUGCUUUAGCACCCAUAACAAUGUUCAAAGUGAAGUAUUAAUUACGAAAAACCGAAGUAUUUGUGUUGACUUAAUUAUUAUGUUGAUAGGAUAAUUUUGCCAACCGAAAACUGCUCAACUUCUGCGAAAUAGCAGUUCUCUUAGAUGCCAAUCAGAUCUCUCCCUUUAGUUGUCUAACCCAGGGCCUAAUUUUGAACGAGUGACCGAGUGAAAAUGGCUUUGGGGACGAGAAUGGGCCAAGAUAAGAUGUAAAGAUCACAAAUUUAAAAUCUUUUACUUCGAUGCCUUAACCAAUACACAUUUUUCACAAUGACGUUAAAGUGUUAAACGCGAAAAAGGUUUUUGUGAUGUCCCACGCGACAAUAGGCAAUACCAGCUUUUAAUUUAUGCGUGCAGGGGAGAUGGGAAGUAAGGUAUCGUAUUGCUGACUAUGCUGAAAAAUUUCCAUAAAAACUGCCGAAAUAACUGAAAUAUAUUUCAAUAUUUAUAAGCACAAGCUAUCACUUAUAAGGGAAGAGAAGGAUAUAUGGGUUGUGUAUCAAAGACAUAUUAUUUGACCAUUUAUAAACUAACAUAGAGUAGAAUGCAUUGAAAGAGCUGAAACAGUGAAAGACUAGCAAAACUCGCUCGACUCGCAGGACUCGCACGACUCGCAUAAUAGUCUAUCUCGAAUAUAUACACAAUUCCUUCGCUCAGACGGAUUAUUUAUAAACUAAUCUAAAAUGACAGCACGUCCCAUGCAAUUUAAAAAAAGGCAAACUUGGUAUUAAUAGUAAAACACAAGUCAUAAUGAGGGUCGCAACAAUACAGCAAUAUGCUGUUUUCACGGAGUAUCUGGCACUCUUGUCGUUCGAAAGCUUCCAUAUUGGUUUAGUCAGAGACAUGUUCACUCCUCGACAGUCAACAGUCAAUGAAGCCAUGCACGCAUGGAAUUAGGCGCUCAAUACUCAUGAUGCUUUGCGGCCUGCUGUCCAACCUCCUCUGUUCAGAAUAGAAACCUCUGGAAAGAAACAAUGUCUAAAUGGCUGGCGUUUUAACUAAAAAAAGCAAGCAACGCAGUCAGUAAUUGCAAAAUUUGCAAGUGUUCAUUUUCAUCUAAAACCGGAACAGGAAAAAUUAGGACGAAUUUCAACAGAAAACCAGUCUCAAACUUCAAAUUGUAAGGGAAGUCGUGCGACCACCUUAGCAUUAAUGUGCGCUUCACUGUCGCCAUUGUUAUAACUGUACAUAAAAUCAACAAAACUGAAAACACUCAAGUGAUAAGGCUCUGGACAGAGUUUAAAUCAGACAAAAGGAUCGGUGUUUCAACAACCAAUUUGCUUCGGCGCAUGAACAACGCGAUUAAGUAAAGAUUAUAGGAAUCAUUAUCCUGUUAAAUUAUGACUGAAAAUGAAAUGCAAUUCUAAAGAACAUUCUCGCGUUUACUGUUAAGAUUAUGCAACGUGCAAAAAAUAUAUGUGGGAGCGGCAGAGAACAAUCUUAAUAAGCUGUUUGCACCAAUUACCUAACAUAGAGAAAACAGCAUAGGGAAAAGCAAUUAAAACCAACAGACAGUGUGAUGUCAUAUAUAUAUAUAUAUAUAUAUAUAUAUAUAUAUAUAUAUAUAUAUAUAUAUAUAUAUAUAUAUAUAUAUAUAUAUAUAUAUAUAUAUAUACGUUUCUUUAGCUUGCAUUCUAAAAGCUCACCCACGCUCACACUCAAAGAGUGGAGGUUCAAUCUGGACUUCUCUUGAGUGUCAGUGCUGUUUUUGAAUUGCUGAAGGGUGACUGAGUGGUCACAUUGUAGGGUACGACACUAAUCCUCCACUCUCUGAGUGUAGAAUACAGGAAUAUAUUUGUUUUAAAUGUCAAUUCUUUUUAUAUCCACGCUUCCUAUUUUUACAGUUCACUGAAAACGUGUUUGACCUAUUGGAUAGUGAUCAAGAUGGUGAAAUAGAUAUCAAUUACCUAGUCAGCAGUUUGGACCUACUUGAACGGUAGACAUUCUUCUUUCUCUUCCGAAAAAGCAAUAGCUUCACUGUUAAUUUGAGUGUGUUAAAAUAACACCAAAAAUGGUGUCGAAUAAAAAGGUAGAAAAUAAGACCUUUUUGGGCGCUAUUUUAAACCCACUAUGUAAGGUGACAAAUUAGCACCUGGGAAAAUGCUAUAAUAACCAUUUUUUGUGUCAUUGAAAUUCCGAUUUAGGUGUCGUUUUAGCACUCGAACCUUCGUGUUAAAAUAACACUCGAUUUUAGUGCUAUUUUAGCGCUCCAAAUAAAUAUUCAAGAUUUAUACCCCUUCCUGUUCGACACACAAAUUAAUAUAUGAAUUGAAAUAUUUAUUUAUACAUACUUUACAGCAUUUCUUAUUAUGUCAUAUAUGAAGUAUACAGUAUAUUAGAAACAUACAUUGUAAGAUCGAACUCUUUAACGAGUUUUUGCAGCAAUUUCCUCUUCUUUGCUUGUUGAGGAUGGUUUGAAAGGGCAACUUUUGAAACGCCAGGUAUAUACGGCAGGUGUGUACUCCACAGCCAUGGGUGGUUAAAAAGGUGGCCGUGUGAUAAAUCCACGAAUAUGUACCCUUCCAUAGCAAUUAAUAGGGGUUCCGCAUGCCAAUAUCUCCAGAUGUAAUAAGCCUUAACUUGGGUACGUAGCCUUCAAAAUUUCUGUAUUAAUCGAUUCCUCAAGACCUGGUUUCUUGACCGUUUACAACUUCCACUCAUCUUAUAUAUGCAAAAAUUUAGCCUAAAUUGCCUUUUGAUCACAAUAAAGACGAUACUUAAGUGGAAGUCCCGCUAAGAGCGGUCCGAUGACUUUGACUUCAGAAAAUAGAUUUCCUUUAUUUUUUGUGUGUUGAAAGGCAUUGGUAUGCAAGUGUCUAAAAUAAAUUUAUUUUUUGAAAAUUCUUUUUUAUGGCUUCGCUAGACGCCGAAACUCAUUUUACUUGUGCAAAGCUAUUUUCAAGCCAAAUCGAAGGUUGAAUUUCAGUAAACUGUAGAGCCGCGCUGAGUCAAAACGCCUGACUAUUUCCAAAUUUCAACUAGGUCAACAAGUAGAAAUACAAUUCAGGUUCCCUGUUCCAAAAAAUAUGAGCAUUUGAAUAAAUCGUGAAUAAGCGACAGCAACUUGACGGCACACCGGUUUUUGCUUCUUGUUCGGUCUACAAAAUUACACUAAAUCGAAGCCUGAGAUCUCCAAAUGGGGACCUAAAAUUACGCUGAAAUGUGCUUGACUGUAAUGAUUUAUACUUAUUUUCAGAAGAUCUGAAGAAAAACCUGCGGGUAUCAAUGUGUAUUUGGCGCGAGUUAAGAUUUUUAGGAGCCCAUAAUCAAUGAUUUUUGCAUAAUUUAUAGCUAAUUAACAUAUUUCUGGAGAGGCGCUAAAAGUAAACAAUUUCUUUCUGACUAACAUAUCUCAGAUGAAAGAAACUACCACAGCUAGUAAAACCCUUUUUGUAAAUAUAGUCGUAAUGUUCUUUUCCUGACACUCUGAGAGAGCUUUGUUUUUUAAUGUUAUGCCACAUUCAUUCAGUCUGACCAGAUUCAUAAAUGUCACGAACUUGUGAUUUCAAAAAAUAUACCAGAAUUCAGAAAGACCGAUUAUUCUUUCCUUGAUUCAGUUGAUUGAUUGAUUUAGUUGAAUGAUUUAAAAAACUAUAAGUAUAACAGAACAUUGCAUGUUUUUUCCAUUCCCCCUAGGCCUAGAAUUUUUAUCAAUAUGUUCUAUUUUUCUGUGGCGACCGCACAACAAAAUACGACACAAAAAUGUACAUUCGAAUUUAUGACCGACAUAUCAGAAUGUUAAUUAUGGAGUUUGAAUUGAAUUUACUUGACGCCAAAUAAAUACUAAAUAGGAAUUUCUAUGCUGGGUUAGUAAAAGAAAAAGCAUAAUUUUAAUUGUAUGUAAUUUCGAUGGAUACUAUAAAAAAAUUAUACGCAUUGUUUAUAUAAAUUAGCUAACAUUUUCACAUUAAUUACGAUAGCAGCGACGUUUGUUUUAGCCAUGUAACAAAAUAAACUAUAAGCAUUCUGAUCAGUUAUUUAACAAAAAUAUCAAGUUUAGAAUUAAUCGAAUUUCAAUAUUUUUCUUUGAAAAAAAUAUAUUCGUGAGCUCCAUAGGGCAUAGCUGAGAAUAAAUUUCAAAAGUUUGUGAAUUAAAAUUCACAUAUUUGAUAUUUUUGUUAAAUAACUGAUCAGAAUGCUUAUAGUUUAUUUUGUUACGUACGCGUGGCUAAAACAAACGUCGCUACUAUCGUAAUAAAUGUGAAAAUGUUAGCUAAUUUAUAUAAACAAUGCGUAUAAUUUUUUUUAUAGUAUUCAUCGAAAUUACAUACAAUUAAAAUUAUGCUUUUUCUUUUACUAACCCAACAUAGAAAAUUCCUAUUUUAGUAUUUAUUUCGCGUUACUGCGGAUUCAGAUAGACCGUGAAAUGCGAAUAGUUGUCGCGUUAGUUUUAACAGUUGUAAGAUGACGUUUCUAGGCAGAUUUUCGACGUUUCUAAGGCGUGGCUUCAACGUUUAUUUUUAAAAUUUGAACGUUGAAAACUUGAAAAUCUGCCUAGAAACGUCAUCGUACAACUGUUAAAACUAACGCGAAAACUAUUCGCAUUUCACGGUCUACCUGAAUCCGCAGUAAGUAAAUUCAAUUCAAACUUCAUAAAUAACAUUCUGAUAUUUCGGUCAUCAAUUCGAAUGAACAUUUUUGUGUCGUAUUUUGUUGUCCGGUCGCCACAGAAAAAUAGAAUAUAUUGAUAAAAAUUCUAGGCCUAGGGGGAAUGGAAACACGUACGCGUUGAAUGUUCUAUUAUACUUAUAGUUUUUUAAAUCAAUCAACUAAAUCAAUCAACUGAAUCAAGGAAAGAAUAAUCGGUCUUUCUGAAUUCUGGUAUAUUUUUUGAAAUAUGCAAGUUCGUGACAUUUUUUCAUGAAUCUGGUCAGACUGAAUGAAUGUGGCAUAACAUUAAAAAACAAAGCUCUCUCAGCGUGUCAGGAAAAGAACAUUACGACUAUACUUACAAAAAGGGUUUUACUAGCUGUGGUAGUUUCUUUCAUCUCAGAUACGCUAGUCAGAAAGAAAUUGUUUACAUUUAGUGCCUCUCAAGAAAUAUGUUAAUUAGCUAUAAAUUAUGCAAAAAUCAUUGAUUAUGGGCUCCAGAAAAUCUUAACUCGCGCCAAGUACAGAUUGAUACCCGCAGGUUUUUCUUCAGAUCUUCCGAAAACAAGUAUAAAUCAAUAAAUCAUUACAGCCAAGCACAUGUCAGCGUAAUUUUAGGUCCCCAUUUGGGGAUCUCAGGCUUCGAUUUUAGUGUAAUUUUGUAGACCGAACAAGAAGCAAAAACCGGUGUGCCGUCAAGUUGCUGUCGUUUAUUCACGAUUUAUUCAAAUGCUCUUAUUUUUUUAAACAGGGAACCUGAUUUGUAUCUUAACUUGCUGAUCUAGUUGGAAUUUGGAAAUAGUCAGGCUUUUUGACUCAGCGCGGUUUGAUUUACCGAAAUUCAACCUUCGAUUUUGCUUAAAAAUAGCUCUGCACGGAUAAAAUGAGUUUCGACGUCUAGCGAAGCCAUAAAAAAGAAUUUUCAAAAAAUAAAUUUUUUUGGACACUUUGGCUUUUAUACCAAUGCCUUUCAACACACAAAAAAUAAAGGAAAUCUAUUUUCCGAAGUCAAAGUCAUCGGACCGCUCUUAGCGGGACUGCCACUUAAAACGUGAUCAUUUGCCCCGUUUACUUGUCUGAAAAACGUAAACUGCUCCUACGUGGUCCGCCCUUUUGAAUCUGAAAACAAUUCAUGAGGUGCUAAUUUGACACCCAAAAUAAAUUUUGCUAUACUUUAACACUUUCACUCAAUAGAUAGGCGUUAUCUUCACACUUUCAAAAGUGUUAAAUAUCUAAGGUGCUAAUUUUGCACUUCAAAAUCAAUUCCCAACUUCAUGCAUGGUGCUAAAUCAGCACCCAAAUCGGUGUUAGAUAAACACUAGUUAUUUAAACUAUUAUUGUGUCAUUUUAGCACAUACGAAGGUGCUAUUUUAACACCCUCAAAUUAACAGCGUUUAAUUGGUAGUUGUGAUUCUAUCCACGUAACAUAGGGAACGGCGGUAAGCUUGUUUUCACUAUGGAGGAAAUUUUAUUGCAUUCAAGAGCGCAUAAUGUGCAUUAUGAUUUUGAGAAUUAAGGGAGUAUUUUCCUUCUUCUAUAUAAUUAUGCUUUUUCUACUGCGCUGUUCUGUAUGUAGCGCAUCAACGGAUACAAAGUGGUUCUUGUGGAUUGAAGAAAGGAUCAAUAUUUCAAUGGCUGAAGUCCGCAAACUCACUUUUAAUCGUUUUAAGAAAGCAUUGCAUCUGGAAAAGGUCAGUACACGUCUUCUUUGUAAAACAUGUCAUUGAAAAUAGUGUCCAAGUCUUCAAGAAAUGAAAUUGAAAUCAGUGUAAAUGUUUACACUGCAAUGGAUUUAACUCAAAAACGUGAGCAGAAUAGUGCACUUAUUGUGAUGCAUGUGCAACAUAUGGAAUCAUAAUGCAAAAAUUAAUGAGCGAAUUCGCUCAUUUGUUGGGUAAAGUAAUUCUUUACUAAAACAUUUGAGUAAAUUUGACCUUUACAAAAACUCAGAUUUGAACAUAUCUGUAUGUUUGGGCAAUUACUCAAAAUUUUGAAUCAGUGCAGUGCAAAUUUUACUAAAGCCUUUUAGUCGAAAUGCUCAUGGCUCUUUGCAGUGUGUAAAUCCUCCACUUAUUCUAAACCAACCUACAUAAUUAUAUACCUCUGGAUGUAUGUGCCUAUUCGCAUUACCGUUCAAAUUUACUAUUUCUUGUUCAGACAUUCUUCGCUGAAAGAUUUUUCACACUGUUUGAUGAUAACGGGGAUGGAAUGAUUGGCAUGAAAGAACUCGUCGCAGGCUUGGAGCUCUUGACCAAUGGAACUGUGGCUGAUAAACUAACAUUCCUGUUCAGAGUUUAUGAUAUAGAUGGUAUGUUAACAACGACAGUUUCUCGUAAUUUGGAAUGCGAAUAGACAUGCAAUCCAAUCUUUCCCUAUAUAUCGGAUUUUAAAUUGUGCUUUUCAAAAAUAUCUGACGGACUUUGGAAUUAUAGCAGCUUACAUACUGUAUGUGGUGACACUUUAUUGAUCUUUAGUGUAUGACAUUUUUUUAAUGCAAAUUUUUAUGCAUUUUGCAGGAACUAUAACCAGGAGCAUGUGCGAAAAAUCCAACUAUAGGCCCUAUGGCAGGAAUGGCCCUGGGCAGCGCUCUUGGACUGAAAUAUCGAAACUUUAUGAUACUAUACCUUUCCAAGGCAGCUUUAACACACCAAUUUUAGCUGUUUGUGACUGCCCAUUUUUCUAAAAUUAAUAUUGUCUUAUUUUAUUGAAAAGGAAAUGGUUAUUUGAGCGAAGACGAAAUGAGAACAGUUUUAACAUCUUGUAUGGAAGAAAGCAAACUAAAAUUUGACGAACAGCAAGUCGAUGAACUCAUGGAAGUUCUCUUCGAAGAAAUUGAAACAAACCAUAAAGGAGAAAUUGGCUUGGAGCAAUUCAAAGCUUUUCUGUCAAAACAUCCAGGAGUCACCGAACAUUUGUCAAUAAGGUACCAAAAUUGUGCACGUUAUUAA